AUGCCUAUCUUCGAUCCCUCCAAUGUCAACCUGAACACGGCUAGCCAAGAAGACGUCAUCUGCUAUCUUACCGUCUCAGGCAACGACUACAAUGGACAGCUUGGGGCACGUAUCUCCUCCAUCUUCGUGAUCCUGGUCGUGUCCUCGGUCUUCACGUUCUUCCCGGUGAUGUCCAAACGCAUGCCAGGAUGGAAGAUCCCUCACGGCGUCUACCUCUUUGCUCGAUACUUUGGAACCGGUGUCAUCGUGGCCACCGCAUUCAUCCAUCUGCUCGAUCCAGCCUAUGAGAACAUCGGUCCGGGCAGCUGUGUGGGGGUCUCCGGAAACUGGGGCCAAUAUUCGUGGUGUGCUGCCAUUGUUCUGACGUCUGUUGUCAUCAUCUUCCUACUGGACCUUGCGGCGGAGGUCUACGUCGAGCAGAAGUACGGCAUUCACAAAGACGAAAACGCCACCAGCACCUUCAUCAGCCAUGAACAUCAUCUGGAUGUGCAGCCGGCACCGGAGGCCACACAGCCCGCGCAGCAUUUGAAACGAGCCGACAGUUGGAGAUCCGAAGGGGAUUCCAUGAUGGCUGAGCGAUCCUUCCGACAGCAGAUUGCCGCCUUUCUGCUCCUGGAAUUCGGUGUCAUCUUCCACUCUGUCAUCAUCGGUCUCAAUCUGGGCGUCACUGGCUCCGAGUUUGCGACUCUGUACCCCGUUUUGGUCUUUCACCAGUCGUUCGAGGGUCUCGGUAUUGGGGCCCGGAUGUCUGCGAUCCCGUUUGGGCGGCACACUUGGCUUCCCUGGAUUCUGUGCUCCCUUUACGGUUUGACGACGCCGAUUUCCAUUGCUAUCGGCCUUGGAGUGCGCACGACCUAUAACCCGGAUUCGAAAACUGCUGCAAUAGUGCAGGGUGUGCUGAACGCCGUGUCGGCGGGCAUUCUGAUCUACAGCGGUCUGGUGGAGCUGUUGGCCCGGGACUUUUUGUUUGAUCCGUGUCGUACCAAGCGGCGUUCUCAGUUGCUGUACAUGGUAUUUUGCACUUUGCUCGGAGCUGGAGUGAUGGCACUGCUUGGUAAAUGGGCUUAA